AUGAACAUAUCUCAAAUGGCAUCGAUCGAGAAAGCACCGUAUUAUCACGGAUUCUUGCCGAGAGAAGACGUGAAGAUGGUGUUGAAAACGAACGGAGAGUUUCUUAUUCGGAUUUCGGAGCCGAGGAAGGGGGAGCCGAGAUCCCAUAUUUUGAGUGUUUUUCACAAUCAACCACCCAAUAUUGAUGAGGAGACUUGGAUCAAACAUUUCGUGAUAAAAUGCAAUGACAACAAAGUUUUCAUUGAGAAAAACGCGUUUCCAUCAAUCCAAGAGCUCGUAGAUCAUCAUAUGAAAACAAAAGAUUCCGUGAAAGACGACGUCCUUCUACUCAAAGCUCUGCCACGUCAACCAUGGGAACUCGAUCAUGAAAACAUUGAAAUUUUGAAGAAACUGGGAGAAGGAGCAUUUGGAGAAGUUAGUAUGGGGAAGUUGAAGUUUCGAAAAGGAGGAAAAACGGUGAAUGUUGCAAUAAAACAAGCGAAACUCUCGAAUCUGACCAAAGAUCAAAUCAAGGAAUUUAUGGGAGAAGCGAGAGUUAUGAGACAGUUCGGACACCCGCAUGUCGUCCGUUUCUAUGGAGUCGCAGCCACGACUGAGCCACUUUAUAUGGUUAUGGAACUGGCGACAAAUGGAGCAUUGGAUAGUUAUUUGAAGAAGAAUCCAGACUUGGCGAUUGAGAAGAAGAAUGAAAUGAUACUUCAGGCGGCAUGGGGACUCGAGUACUUGCAUAGUAAACCUGUCAUGCAUAGGGAUAUUGCCGCGAGAAAUUGUCUGUAUGGAGAUGGAAGAGUCAAGAUUUCGGAUUUCGGAUUGACUAGACAUGGAUUGACGUAUCAGGCAGACCCAAACAAGAAAGCUCCGAUCCGUUGGCUCUCGGUUGAAGUCAUCACUCAACGUCUGUUCUCUCUGAAAAGUGAUGUUUGGGCAUAUGCAGUCAUGAGUUGGGAAAUCUAUAACAAUGGAAUAGAGCCGUAUCCUGGAAUGAUGGUUGCCGAAGUAGCACAGAGAGUUCUCGGUGGAUAUCGGAUGGAACUACCGGAUAGUCUCAGUUUGGAAAUUAAAGUUCUUAUUGCAAGAGCCUGGGCUCAAAACGAGAAUGAGAGACCGUCGAUGGCUGAAAUCGCUCUGGAACUUCAACGUAUUACUGGAAUUGUCAGACCGGAUUUCGUAGCGAUGGAGGCUCAGAUCAAGAAGGAAUUGAUGGUUGCGAACAAUUUGACGAAUAAGUCGCAUGUUCGAAAGAAUAAAGCACAGAAAGGACGAUUGCCGAAGGGAAUGUAG